GGGGGGGGGGAGGGGGAAACAUCCGCGGUCCCAUGCGCUGAGGGGCGGCGGGAUGGGGCUGCGGGGCGGUGGCGGCUGGGCCGGCCGCGCCGGGGCGCCGGCUCCCGCCUGGACGUGCCUGCUGCUGUGCGCAGCCCUCCGGAGCCUGCUGGCCAGCCCCGGCAGCGAGGUGAAUUUACUGGACUCACGCACAGUGAUGGGGGAUCUAGGAUGGAUAGCCUACCCGAAAAAUGGGUGGGAAGAAAUUGGUGAGGUGGAUGAAAACUAUGCUCCGAUACACACAUACCAAGUAUGCAAGGUAAUGGAACAGAAUCAGAACAACUGGCUUCUGACCAGCUGGAUCUCUAACGAAGGGGCAUCCCGCAUUUUCAUCGAGCUCAAAUUCACCCUGAGGGACUGUAACAGCCUUCCAGGAGGACUUGGGACUUGCAAAGAGACUUUUAACAUGUACUACUUUGAAUCGGACGACGAAGAUGGGAGGAACAUCAGAGAGAAUCAGUAUAUCAAGAUAGAUACCAUUGCUGCUGAUGAGAGCUUCACAGAGCUAGACCUUGGCGACAGAGUUAUGAAGCUAAACACAGAGGUGAGAGAUGUUGGGCCCCUGACCAAAAAGGGAUUUUACCUUGCUUUCCAGGAUGUGGGUGCCUGCAUUGCUCUGGUCUCUGUGCGCGUGUACUACAAGAAAUGCCCAUCAGUGGUCCGCAACCUGGCACGCUUUCCAGAUACCAUCACGGGAGCAGAUUCCUCACAGCUGCUAGAAGUGUCAGGUGUCUGCGUCAACCACUCGGUGACCGACGAGGCGCCUAAGAUGCACUGCAGUGCUGAGGGAGAAUGGCUGGUGCCCAUCGGGAAGUGCUUGUGCAAGGCAGGCUACGAGGAGAAGAACAACACCUGCCAAGUAUGCAGACCUGGGUUCUUCAAAGCUUCACCCCACAGUCCAUCCUGCAGCAAAUGUCCCCCUCACAGCUACACGCUUGAUGAAGCAUCCACAUCUUGCCUGUGUGAAGAGCACUAUUUUAGGAGGGAAUCAGACCCACCUACAAUGGCCUGUACAAGACCCCCCUCUGCUCCUCGGAGUGCCAUCUCAAAUGUUAACGAGACUAGUGUCUUUCUGGAAUGGAUUCCUCCUGCUGAUACUGGUGGAAGGAAAGAUGUGUCUUAUUAUAUUGCAUGCAAGAAGUGCAACUCACACUCAGGUCUGUGCGAGGCGUGUGGCAGUCAUGUCAGGUACCUCCCCCAGCAAACCGGCCUGAAAAACACCUCUGUCAUGAUGGUGGAUCUGCUUGCUCAUACAAACUAUACCUUUGAAAUUGAGGCAGUGAAUGGAGUGUCCGACCAGAACCCAGGAGCCCGGCAAUUUGUUUCUGUAAAUGUAACCACAAACCAGGCAGCACCUUCUCCAGUCAGUAGUGUGAAAAAAGGGAAGAUAACUAAAAAUAGCAUCUCCCUUUCCUGGCAGGAGCCAGAUCGACCCAACGGCAUCAUCCUCGAAUACGAAAUCAAAUAUUUUGAAAAGGACCAGGAGACGAGCUACACCAUCAUCAAGUCCAAAGAGACAAUGAUUACAGCAGAUGGCUUGAAACCAGGCUCAGCGUACGUCUUCCAGAUCCGAGCCCGGACAGCUGCUGGCUACGGUGGCUUCAGCCGAAGAUUCGAGUUUGAAACCAGCCCCGUGUCAGUAGCUGCAUCCAGCGACCAGAGCCAGAUUCCUAUAAUUGUUGUGUCUGUAACAGUGGGAGUUAUUCUGCUGGCUGUUGUUAUCGGUUUCCUUCUCAGUGGAAGUUGCUGCGAUCAUGGCUGUGGGUGGGCUUCUUCUCUGCGUGCUGUUGCCUAUCCGAGCCUAACAUGGCGAUGUGGUUAUAGCAAGGCUAAACAAGAUCCAGAAGAAGAAAAGAUGCAUUUUCAUAAUGGCCACAUUAAAUUGCCUGGAGUAAGAACCUACAUUGACCCCCACACCUAUGAGGACCCUAAUCAAGCUGUCCACGAGUUUGCCAAGGAAAUAGAAGCUUCGUGCAUAACCAUCGAGAGAGUUAUUGGAGCUGGUGAAUUUGGAGAAGUCUGCAGCGGGCGGCUGAAGUUGCAGGGAAAACGCGAAUUUCCAGUGGCUAUCAAAACCCUGAAGGUGGGCUACACAGAGAAGCAAAGACGAGAUUUCCUGGGAGAAGCAAGUAUUAUGGGGCAGUUCGAUCACCCCAAUAUCAUACACCUGGAAGGCGUUGUCACAAAAAGCAAACCAGUAAUGAUAGUGACAGAAUAUAUGGAGAAUGGCUCUCUGGAUACAUUUUUAAAGAAGAACGAUGGGCAGUUCACGGUCAUUCAGCUGGUUGGGAUGCUGCGAGGCAUCGCGUCAGGAAUGAAAUACCUGUCUGACAUGGGUUACGUGCACAGGGAUCUCGCUGCCAGGAAUAUCCUAAUCAACAGCAACUUAGUCUGCAAGGUGUCCGACUUUGGCCUCUCCAGAGUCCUAGAAGAUGACCCUGAAGCAGCAUACACUACCAGGGGUGGGAAGAUCCCCAUCCGAUGGACGGCACCUGAGGCAAUCGCCUUCCGGAAAUUCACGUCGGCCAGCGAUGUCUGGAGCUACGGCAUCGUGAUGUGGGAGGUGAUGUCCUACGGCGAGAGACCUUACUGGGAAAUGACAAACCAAGACGUGAUUAAAGCUGUGGAGGAAGGCUAUCGCCUGCCAAGUCCCAUGGACUGCCCUGCUGCUCUCUACCAGCUAAUGCUCGACUGCUGGCAGAAAGACCGCAACAGCAGGCCCAAGUUUGACGAAAUUGUCAGCAUGUUGGACAAACUCAUCCGUAACCCAAGCAGCUUGAAGACGCUGGUUAAUGCAUCGAGCAGAGUAUCAAAUCUGUUGGUAGAACACAGUCCGGUGGGGAGCGGUGCCUACAGGUCAGUGGGUGAGUGGCUGGAAGCCAUCAAAAUGGGCCGAUACACCGAGAUUUUCAUGGAGAACGGAUACAGUUCGAUGGACGCCGUGGCUCAGGUGACCCUGGAGGAUUUGAGGCGGCUGGGAGUGACACUUGUUGGUCACCAGAAGAAGAUAAUGAACAGCCUUCAAGAGAUGAAGGUCCAGUUGGUGAAUGGGAUGGUGCCGUUGUAACUUGGUUUUAAGGUCACUUCCUCCAGUGGUCGGUCCUGCACUUUGUAUGCUAGCGCUGAGAUUUAUUUUGACUAAAGAAAAAAGGGAAAUUCAGUGGUUUCUAUAACUGAAGGACGUUGGCCUCUGCCACAGCGUUUAUAAAGCAGUGUUUGACUAAAGUUUUCAUUUUCUUCCUAUUUGUGUCCUCAUUUUAAUGAAGUAAAUGUAACAUGCAUGGAACAUGGAAAUGGAUCUACUGUACAUGAGGUUAACCAAUUUCUUACGCUUCAGCGAUGACAACAGCAAGCCUUCCCACCACAUGUUGUCAGUACAUGGGAUAUAUAUAUAGCACCUUUAUAUACUGAAUUACAGCAGCACAUGUUAAUACUUCCAAGGACUUACUUGAAUGGAGAAGUUUUGCAGCUGUUUGUGGGCUCACAAAAGCUGCGCUUCACUGAAGUUUACUUCGAGUCUUACUUGUCUACAGAAGUGUAUUGAAGAGCAAUAUGAUUAGAUUAUUUCUGGAUAGAUAUUUUGUUUUGUAAAUUAAAAAAAAUGCUGUUACACAGCGUUAAGUUAUAGAGACUAGUGUAUAAACAUGUUGCUUACUCAAUGGCAAAUACAAUACAGGGUGUAUAUUUUUUUUCUCUCUGUUACAAAGUUCUUUUAGUUUGCUCUUCUGUGAGGAUAAUACAUGAUGAUGUAUAUACUGUACAGUUUGCUAUACAUCAGGUACAACAGGUACAAGGUUGGGGCUUUUUCAUCGUUUUGUUCCUUUUCCCUUGUUUGCUUCAUUUUGUUUGUUUUUUGUUUUUUGUUUUUUCUUUUGCCUUACCAUUAUGCUUUGUAUUUUUGCUGCUGUUUGGUUUGAGCAACAUGUAAAGCCUUCGGGAGUUUUGAUUUGCAUAUAUGAGGUAGAAGGAGUCUGCUCAAAUAAAGGAUGUCACCC